AUGGCUUUGCAGCGGCUCAAAGAAGCGGCCGAGAAUGCUAAACAUGAACUUUCUUCCUCCGAAAUUACCAGCAUUAAACUUUCUUUCAUUUCCGCGGAUGCCAAUGGUCCAAAGCACCUUGAUAAAGAACUUUCUCGUCUGAAAUUGAAAGAACUUACCGAAGACCUUUUGGAAAAAUUAGUUGCUCCAUGUAAAAAUUGUCUCAAAGAUGCCAAGAUUUCCAAAGUUGAUGAAGUUAUUUUAGUGGGAGGAAUGACCCGCAUGCCCGCCGUGCAAGAGAAAGUGAAAGAAAUUUUUGGUAAAGACCCAAAUAAAUCUGUUAACCCAGACGAAGCGGUAGCCGAAGGAGCUGCUAUUCAAGGCUCAGUGUUAGCAGGAGAUGCUAACGAUAUCGUUUUACUCGAUGUUACUCCUCUUUCAUUAGGCAUUGAGGUGCAAGGGGGCAUUAAUGAAGUGAUAAUUCCCCGUGAUACUACUAUUCCAACCAAAAAAUCUCAAAUAUUUUCUACGGCUGAGGACAAUCAACCCAGCGUUCAUGUUCGAGUUCUUCAAGGGGAAAGAACCAGAGCUUUGGACAACAAGGUAUUAGGAACUUUUGAAUUAAGUGGUAUUGAACCAGCCCCUCGUGGUAUUCCGCAAAUUGAAGUCACUUUUGACAUUGAUGCUAAUGGCAUGGUUUCGGUUUCAGCCAAAGACAAGAAAACGGAUAAGGAAACUAAAAUUACGAUUACUGCGGACGGUGGUCUCAGCAAGGAAGAAAUUGAAAGAAUGGUUAAAGAAGCGGAAGAACAUAGGGAAGAGGACGAAAAAAUUAAGUCUAAUUUGGAAAUUCUUAAUCGGGCCCAAACCUAUCUCUACACUUUUGGGAAGCAAAUGGAGGAAUUUAAGCAGCAUAAGGAUUUCAAUGAAAAUGAUGAAGGUUUCAAAAAAUUUGCGGAAAUGUAUCACAAUUUAAAAGAGGCCACGGAAAAGGAAGAAAAGGAUUAUCCCGCCAUUAAAAAGCAAUUAGAUAAGAUUGAAGAAAUGAUGAAACUGGCUAACGAACUGGCUCAAAAAAUGCCGAAGCAAGAGGAAAAAAAGAGUAAGGAGGAAGAUACCUUGGAUGUGCCACCUGAAAAUGAUGAUAAAGAUAAAAAAUAG